AUGGCAUCUCCCAACUCUGCCGCCGAGUUCUCGUUUGUAGAAGUGACUACUUUCCCUCCUCAGUCCGCCGAAGUCCAGGCCAAGGUGGCCCGCCUCCAGGCAGACACCGACGAAAUGGUGGCCGAGAGAGACAGGUUUGCAGCCAUCAACGGGCCCUUCAUCGCCGCCGGCGGUGACCCGGACAACAUCCCAAACCCAUGGCGCCUCACACCAGCCCGCCUAGACAACAUGCUCCGACUCUACUACGGUCUAAAGCCCCACGAUCGUUCGUUCGAGGGUAUCUCCUUUGUUCAGUACUUUGGAAGCAUCGACGGAAUUGCCAACGGUUACCCCAUCGGCACCCGCGUCACGUCAUUCAACAUCCAUACUCAAGUCACCAACCUCAACGAGAUCUGGCGCAUGGUCAAGUGCAUUCAAGACUCCGAAUCUUUCGGCGAAGGUGGCACAGGCCUCCCCGUCCACGGCGAGGGAGAGCCCACGUUCAACAUACUCGUCACGAUGACUUGA